GCCUCUUUUUCUUUUUUACGAAAGUUGCCAUGAAUGCAAUCAGAGUUCCUUCUGGAAUCAAAGUGUUCAAUAGAAUCGCUGACUUUAGACAGUGGCGCCGAAGCCUUUUGUUAGAUAAUAAGACACUUGGUUAUGUACCUACUAUGGGUGCACUUCACCAAGGCCAUCUUGCUUUAGUUUCAGCCGCCAAAAAGCGUUGCGAUCAUGUUGCACUGACUAUUUUUGUCAACCCUGCUCAAUUUGCACCUACUGAAGAUCUCGGCACUUAUCCUCGUACCUUGCAAAGCGACCUCGAUCAACUCGCAGGGUUAGGACAAGGUAUUGCUUCUGCUGUGCUUUUACCCCAGGUAGAAGAAAUGUAUCCUGCAGGCAUCGAUUUAGACGUGUCUAAGCAAAAAGGUACAUUUGUUGAAGUAUUGGGCCUCUCUUCUCAAUUAGAAGGUCAAACGCGCCCUAAUUUCUUUAGAGGCGUUGCUACUGUUGUCUCUAAGUUUUUGAACAUUGUUCAACCUGACAAUGUCUUUUUUGGACAAAAAGACAUUCAACAAUGUUUUGUGAUUCGAAACAUGAUUCGAGAUCUACAUUUCCCUACUAAAAUGCACAUUUGUCCUACUGUCCGUGAUGAAAAUGGAUUAGCACUUUCUUCUAGAAACACUUACUUGUCGCCUCUUCAAAAGCAAUAUGCACUUGUCUUGUCUCGUUCCUUAAAACAUAUGGAAAGCUUAUAUAAUUCAGGCGUUACAAAUGCCACCACAUUAACUCAAACUGGCAUUCAAUUGAUAGAAGAAGCACGUCAACAAGUAGACGCAUUGGAUGAGGAUUGGAAGAUUAAACUUGAUUAUGUCUCUAUUAACUCUGCCAAGGAUUUAAGUGAGAUUACAGGCGACAUUCUUAAGGAAGAUGGUUGUGUGAUUAGUAUGGCUGUCUUUGUUGGUAAAACAAGACUGAUUGAUAACAUUUGUCUCGACAUUGACUUGGAGAAAUAAAGAUUUAUGCAUUGAUAAAGUAAUACUAUACGUCACCAUUUCAUAUUUUGUAAAGUCACAAAGCAUAUAUAUGUCUUGUCAAAUAUUGGCUUAAGCCUUCUACUUACAAUACAGCUGUUGGUAUUUAUGCAACGUUUCCAUUUGUAAUGGCACCCG